AUGUGCCUUGUGGGGCUGUGAGACAGUUGUAUAAAAAUUUAGCCCAAUAGAAUCUGGAUUUGGUGCAACGUGCUGGCAAUUUCAUGCAUACACUGUGUGACACAUUUUUUGCAACUAAAGAAAGUUGGAUGAAGUGAACAUAAUUUGUUCACAGCUGUGAUUUAAGAUGAAAUGCUGGGAACAGUUACUGCUAAGAGUUCAACACUAGGGUCCCCCCAUGACCUGGAGCUUAUGAAAUGCAGGUCCAGAGUCCAAGGACCACCUCAUAUUAGUGGUACAGUAUACAGUGCUUACAGUUCAGUGCUGUGUUUUUAUGUCAGUGUCAGGUCAGUUCAAACUCCAACCCUACAUCACUGAAACAGAUACUUUUUUUCCUUAAACAGGAUAGAUUUAGUUCAAUUUCAAAUGGACAUUUAAGAACCAUAAACUUGACAUGACCAAAAUGUGGUUUAGAGACCUGGUAAUGUUAUGUAGCACCGGAUUGGUUUCUGCAAUGGUCAUAUUGUGGUCCUAUUGUGAGCUUAAUGAGUCAGUCCUCAUGAUACCCAGAUAGAGAGGCUGGAAGCUUUCAGUCCAUAGUCCACGCCGCUGACAGUGUAAGCAUAGAUAUAUGCUGAUAUGGUCCCGGGGAAUUUGUGGUCAAGCUACAGCUUCUUUGCCUUAUAAAGGAUUUGUGUGAUAGUGGGGAAAAAGGGAAUUACGGGACAGGUUUUCUUCAUUUAGUUUAGUCAAGGCCAGGCUGACUUACGUCAACAAAUCCAAGACUCCGUGAAGAAAACGCAUUCAGAAUGGGCAGAUUGUGCUGUUUUGACAUAGGGAGAGAGUCAGAGUAUGAGAGUGAGAGACAAAAGGCUGGAGAAGGAAGGAUAGACUGCACACAGGAGGGGAAAGAAACAGAAGGCAAGCGUAAGAGGAGGGGCCUGGCUUUUACAGGAAGUGAGGGUGAGAGUAAUGACAAGGAGGCCGUACCUUUCACCUGAAGCUGGAGUGAAGACAUACCAUUGGGGAACGGCUAAGAUAGAAUGAGUGAGGGACAGGUGGGCUAGGAGAACACGAGGGCACUACACAGAGGGAACAGGCUGAUGAGUGCAUGCUGAGGACAGGGAGAACAGACGAAGAUGUUGAUACGAGGGUUCAGUAUGGUGAUGAAGGGCAAUGUGUCAAUGGGGAGUCGAUUUAUGUACCGUUUCCUGCUUCCUGCAGCCAUUUUUUCCCUCCUGCUGUUUCUUGGAUCGGUGCACCUCCCUGAGGAGUCGGUGCAGAAAUGCGACUCUUCCUGGGGUCCCUGUCUGGGAGUCUAUACUCCAAGAUUCGAGGCGAAACAUAAACAGAGGCCUGUACCUCCUACCUUCCCCAGCGACAGGGACGGUUUCCACGGAGAUGGUCUCUUGCUGAGUGAGUGCCCAGGUCAGAGCUUCCAGGCUUCACGCCUGCUGUCCCACCUACAUUCAGCUCUGGGCCCUGGUUCAGAAGUGCUGCUGCAGCCAUAUCUGUCCAGCUGGGAUGAACUCAUCAAGUUUAUGGAGUCACUGGGUCCAGUGGUGGAGUUCUUCUCCCAAAAGGUCAAGAGCAAAGUCUCACGGAUCCGCGAGCUGGCUCAGCAAGACUUGGAGAGACAAGAGGAGGGACCUCAGCGCUUGGAGGCGGGCAGGGGCGGACACAACGACCCUGGAUCCGUGGUUGAGACAGGACCAGACCAAGAAAAACAGCUAGAGCACCUGGAGGCAGAUGGAGAGGAGGAGUGGGAGGCCUACACAUCUUUACACUCUAUGAUGCGCGCGGAGCUGAGUCAGGGGGUGGUCAACUUCGAGCGGGAGACUGGCUCCGGCUGCCGCAACCUGCUCAGGCUCCACCGCUCGCUGCUGUGGCUCCAGCUCUUCCUGAAGAAGAUGGCGGAGGGCCCCGAUGAAGAAGGCCGGCUGCGGAGCCCGGCGGAGCUGUGCCGGGAGGCCUACGAGCAGGCCCUGGCUCCCCACCACCCCUGGCUGUUGCGGCGGGCCGCCGAGGUGGCCUUUCUGGCCAUGCCUGAGUGGGACACGUUCUUCAGGCUGGUGUGCGUGCAGAGCCAGGCGGAGGCAGCGCCUGUGCUGGACAGAGUCGUUAGGGCCAUUGAGGAAGUGUACAGCAGGACACAGGGGGCUCUGCAGGAGCACGGCAUGCUGGAGCUGCCAUAGAGUUUGCAAAGGAGCGGAUGAAGAAACCGCAGAGCUGCAAUACACAUGACGAAAAGCUCACAACCACACAGCUCUCCUCAAUAUAGUAAAACCACAAUUGACAGGGCAUUAUUCAACACACUCACUGUAAUUUCCUGUGCAGAGUCAAGCACUGAGAAUACACUGCAAUGCAGUAACUUACAGCAGACCGCAGAACAAAAGCUGCUCUACAGUGAAAUACAACACAGAGCAACUCUGCACACCACACUUACAAUGUACUAAAAUAUGACAACUGACCUGUUUUGGAGGUCCAAUCCAGUUGCAGUUAAAUGGAUAACUGCAGUGGACAGAAGCUCAGUUGCUUAAACGCGUGCUGAUUCCUGGAAUUAUGUGUUUGAGAGUACACAGAGGAAAUAUGAAUGCAGGCCCUGUGGGAUCCCCAGGCUUGGAAUUGGGUCAUUAGCUCUGCCUGUGGGCCUGAGCUCCCUGUCACUCCUUACCACCGGCAUUACAUCACAGCACACAGCUAUUCAGAGCACAGGUUUGCUGAAAUGCUCUGCCCAGAGUAAGCACACAACACAUCAUCAAAGUGGGACACUUUACCCUCUGUCAGUACAGGAAGGAGUAUACUAUAGUGCUGUAUAUUGCAAACCACUGUCCAACACUGCUAAUUUGUCAGCAAAAAAAACAUAUUUUUAUACUGUAUAUUACAGGUUUAAUUUACAAAAAGAGCUUUCUGAGAUAAAUUUGAUACAGAAGGCAAAAAAUGAUACGUUGACCUGGAAAGUAAGAGUAAGAACACGAUGUCAUGGUAUUUAUGUGAUGUAUUUAUAGAUAUUAUUUCAUUUGGUUCUAGUACUUCAUACCUUUAAAUGUGCAACAAGCCAGGGCCAACAUUGAACCCUUUCUUUGUUUUUGACUAAUGUUAGUUUUUACCUUUUUGGACCACUACCUUUAUGUGUGUAUAGUGUCUCUGCUAUUAUUUAAUGGUAUGGGAAAGACUGUGUGUGUAUGUUUGUAUGCGUGUGUGUGUGUGUGUGUGCGUGUGUGUGCAGGAAAUAGCAAUGCUGCUGUCAAAAUGGAUGCAAUACUGCUAUUACUACACCAGGGGUCACAACUACAGUGGUUAGCACUCCAAUACUCACUGUUAUACUGCAUACCUUCAAGUAAAAUAAUAUAGUCUCCCACAUUUAACUAUGUGACAUAACUGCGCUUACAUCAUAGUCUCAGCAGUAUGCUGAAAUACACAACAUUUCUACAGUAAAAUGCACAUCAGAAAUCACAUUGAAAGGAGCAAAAUACAAACCCAAAGAAGACAAAUACUACGGUAAUAAUUUGUUUUGGAAACACAUAUGUUUGGUGUCAUAUAGCUUAAAUAUAUUUUAUUGCCAUGAAUAUAAGAUUUGCAUGCACUAAUAAUGGUCAGAUUAUAAGCAGAAUCACCUGUAUUGUCAUUCCACAUAUAAUUUAUUGCAGAAGCUGUAUUAGAGAGGGCUGUUACAAAGAAACUUCUAGAAAAUACAGCUAAGGUUUCUGCUUCCAUAUUCCAUAUUUCUUUAUAUGUUUCAAAUGAUGCAAACUGUAUUUUAAGUUAUUGUCUCAAUCCCCUCGUGCUACUGCAUGCUUCAGAAAGAAUAAAAAUACAACAUUAGUGGAGGUUUGUAUGUAUGUUUACACUUGAAUUACCCAAUAAGAGGGUGGUACAAUAAGGGAGCCAGUAUGAGCAUUGUCAGAAUGUAUGUACCGGGUGUGUGUCUGUUUUCUUAUCUUUUUGUGUGUUAGGGUGUAUCAGAUACUUGAAAAUCACUUGAUCAGACGAUUUCAGACACACAAAUACUCUUAAUACUGUAUAAUCCUCCUUUUUCCCCCCUUCCCCCUUCUUCCACUCACUCUCAUUCUCUGAUUAAUACACUGGGCUUACUGAGGAAAAGAGGGAGAGACAUACAUGGUGGCCAUAUGUUAAAUUUAUACAGUUCAGGUUUUUCGGCACGUCUCCUGUUUGUAUUGUUUUGUCUGUGUGCUGUCUUGUAUACGUUGUAUACCUACAUUGUCAAGUCUGUGAAAUGAAUGCAAUGCAAUUUGUGCAA